GUCACAGCAAAUACUGCUAUUAAAUUCUACUAAUUCAUUGCGUUAGCGUAUGUAGUGUCUUGUAUUGUAUUUCCUACAGCAGAAAAGCGUUGUUCAUGUCUUCCCUUGCUUGCCCUGUAAUGGUGGUGCUGUUUAUUUCAGAGUAGUUUGGAGGUUUAGUUUGUGCUGCUGUAUCAUUUCUGCUGCUGCGGCUUCUCAUGAUGCUGCUGUAGCUAGUCAGGUAGAGGCGCUUCUCUUGUCAAAUUGCCUUUUAAUUAUUAUUUUUUAAAUAAAACUGAGUUUUUUUGAUAAUUCAAUGACUUUGGUAACAUUUCUGAAGUGGUCCCGGAUGUAACAGGUUAGAAAGGUGGUGUUAAAACCUGUGUAACUGAAGGUGUGCCUACUGUAAGGCUACUUCCUUUACCUGUUUGGCUCAUGGGACAUUACACGACUUGUCUCAACUUGUAGCUGGGUAUAGAUUUCACUCUAAUUAUUACUACUACAGUAUCCAGACAAGCAUGUUCCAGUCUGAGCUUUAUCUGAGCACUACAUGGCCAUGAAGAACAUGUUGAGCAGAGAUGGCAUUUAAUCAGCUAACCUCCACCGCUGUGCAGCUAUAUGACGAGUGGAUCAAGGAUGCAGACCCCAGGACUGAAGACUGGCUGCUCAUGUCCUCUCCGCUGCCUCAGACCAUCAUCAUUUGUGCCUAUAUCUAUUUUGUGAUGUCACUGGGGCCCAGGCUGAUGGAAAACAGGAAACCAUUCGAUCUGAAGAAGGUCCUCGUGAUCUACAACUUCAGCGUAGUGGCUCUGUCUCUCUAUAUGUGUUAUGAGUUUGUGAUGUCUGGCUGGGGCACAGGCUACUCGUUUGGCUGUGAUCUGGUGGAUUACUCCCACUCGCCACAGGCUAUGAGGAUGGCACACACAUGCUGGCUGUACUACUUUUCCAAAUUUAUUGAAAUGCUGGACACAGUGUUCUUUGUGCUGAGGAAAAAGAAUAACCAGAUCAGUUUCCUGCAUGUCUUCCAUCACUCCAUAAUGCCAUUCACAUGGUGGUUCGGUGUCAAGUUUGCUCCAGGUGGCCUGGGAACGUUCCACGCCCUUCUGAACUGUAUAGUCCAUGUCAUAAUGUACACGUACUACGGAUUGUCAGCACUGGGACCUGCUUACGAGAAGUUUCUCUGGUGGAAGAAGCACCUGACGUCUAUACAGCUAACGCAGUUUGUGAUCGUCACCACUCACAUUGGUCAGUACUUCUUCAUGAAGGAUUGCCCCUAUCAGUACCCCAUCUUCAUUUACAUCAUCGGCCUCUACGGCUUGGUCUUUCUCCUCCUAUUCCUCAACUUCUGGUAUCAUGCAUAUACCAAGGGCAAGAGGCUUCCCAAAGUUCUCCGGAGUGCAGACAAGGUCCAGAACAACAACAGCAUCCCCCACAGCAAACAGGAUUAACCACAUUUAGGGACUAAAUGUGAAAAUGACAAUCUGACUCGCGUGGACUACUUGAGCGCUGCUGUUUACUGGCCUACUGUACUUUUUAUAUUAGGAAUAUUUAUAUUUGUAAGAAAUAAUGUAUGGCACACUACACGUCUAAAAUUGGUUUUAAAAAAAAGUCAGAAGAAUAUAACUUCAGAUUUACCUGAGAGGAAUAAUUAAGUUAAAUCUCUACCCCAUUAUUGUAUUGCUGUUUCCUGUCAAGUAUCACUAAUACUGAGCACUUUGUGAACUCUCGCGUCAGAGAGUUUCGCGUUAGAAAGUCUCGCGUCAUCUGAACACACAUCAGAAAACACAUCGGUUGAAUUUUCCUGCCAAAACUGUGGAUUCCUGAAGCCUCAGCUUUUGACUGGCAAAUCUCACCUUUCCUUAUUUCCUUUUUAGAAUAAACAUUUUGAUACUUUGUGUAGUUACUUAUAUAUUGGAUACAAAGCCAAAUUAUCCCAGCUCUAGAGUCCCAGCUUUGCAUUUAGCUAUUCAUCUUAAAACAUAUUGUUCCAUAACUGUUAGGAAUGAGCAAAUAGGAAAGGUCAGUAGUUACAAGAGUGAGAAAUUUAAGUCUGGACCCGUCAGCAGGUCCUGGGAGUUAAAGGGGUUAAAUUACUAAUUCAUAAUACAUUUCCCUAGCCAGGCAUUAAAGAACCCCCCCAGUGCCUUAACUAUUUUAUCUCCUACAUUCCCUGGCUUUUCUCUGAGCUCUGGAAAACAUGCUGAUAUACACAGUCUGUUUUGCCUUUAAAAAUCUACAAUAUUUUUGCACUUAACUUCAGUCUUAGAGAAGUACAGGACAAUAUGAAUGUCCCUGAAGGAGCCAGUGCACUUAUCUGGACCGCUGAGUGAGUACUGAUCUUGGAUCGGAUCCUGUCUGACCACUUGAUAUGUGGAUAGGAAGGCGGAAGACUUAUCCAGGACCAGAACUCUUAUUCUGAGAAGUGUAAUACAUGCAAAUAGGCGUUCAGAUAAAACUGCACCAUUGGUGAUUUGGGACAGGACCAACAAGACAUCAGCCUGUCUCCUAAUACAGAUGAUGAGGAAGGCAGCAUUAUGCAGAUUAAAUGCUCAUUUUAUUUUAGUACUGUCAUGAUUGUCCUUGUGUAGGACCUGAGUCCACAUUCCGAUUUUUAUACAUGUGAAAUCGAAUAUGUGAACUGUAUGUUUUAAAAUGUAUAUUUAUAAAGAAAUAAAUACUUUUCACUGGUAAA